GUGAAAAAUAAAACAAGGCAAGGAAUAUCAGGGCAUCUGGUUACGCGACACGGGAAGGAUCGAUCAGAUCAGAUCAGAACUCCACUAUGGGCUGCUGUGUGCUGCGGAACGCUUUGGCUCUGGCUCUCCUCCUGGUGCUACUCUGCAAAGGCUCCAGCGUGCAGGGGGCAGAGUUCACACACAUGCCCGACAACAUCACAGUGUUGGAAGGGGACAGCGUCACUCUCAGAUGUCAGAUUGAUGAGGAAGUGACCCACAAGGCCUGGCUCAACCGCUCCAACAUCAUGUUCACGGGGCGGGACAAAUGGACUCUGGACAAGCGCGUCACCCUGCUCAACAACAACAGCAGCGACUUUUCCAUCCACAUCAGUAAGGUGCAGGUGACAGACGAGGGGCCGUACACCUGCACCUUCCAAGCCAACAACAAGCCCCGCCUCACACACGUCUACCUCAUCGUGCAAGUGCCAGCACGGAUCGUCAACAUCUCCAAAGACGUGUCAGUGAAUGAGGGUGAGAACGUGAACCUGUUCUGUCUGGCAGUGGGACGACCAGAACCUACGGUCACCUGGAAGGUCCACAAAUAUGGGCUGCUGAGUGACGGUGAGUUCCUGGACAUCACAGAGAUCAAGAGGCAGCAGGCGGCGGACUACGAGUGCGUCACCCACAACGGAGUAGCCCCGGCCGACCAGCGCAAAGUCCGAGUCACCGUCAACUACCCGCCCAUUAUCACAGAUGUAAAGAACAUGCCGGCACACUUGGGCAAGACGGUGAUUCUGCGCUGUGAAGCUAUGGCAGUACCAGCCGCCACGUUCGAGUGGUACAGAGACGACCACAGGCCGGUGGAGAGUGACAACAACCUGCGGGUCAAACAUGAGAAGACGCGCUCGCUGCUCCUCUUCUCCAACGUCACAGAGAAACAUUUUGGGAACUACACCUGCUUCGCCUCCAACCGCCUGGGAACAUCCAACGCCAGCAUGCUCCUGUUUCGACCGGGGGCUGUAUACGGACGAGGGAGUGGUCUACAAGCAGGCCUGAGCAUCGGCGUCAGCAUCUUGGUUUCCCUUUCGGCUGUUCAUCUGCUGAAGGUCUAAAUCCUCCACCUGGACCUCCCCAGAAGAUCCCUUCGAGCCCUCGCCCUCCUCCCGCUCUGUCCCCUUUACUCUUUUUUGACGGAAAGAAGACGGAUAUGAAAUUCUUUAAUUACGAACCCAUCACUGUGAACUAAAAGAAUAUGCAUUGUUCAAGGAGCCAUCUAAACAUCGCGACCAAUGCCACAACAACGUAAACUCUUUUUCAUAUCUCUUUCUGUCUUUUUCCCCACAAUGCCUUGCAGAAAUGUCUGACUUGGUCCCCCUUCCCCCCUUUUUUUGUUACACUACCAUUAUAACCACCGGGCUGGUAAAGAGUGUAUAUUGAAGAUUAUUGUAUCAGUGAUCACAAUGAGAAAAUAGAUAAUCUAACACCUGGAUGAUCAUACAUGUAAAAUAAACAUAGACUUUAAUGACUGACCUACAAUGUUUGCCUUACAGAAUAUCACCGAGAUGGAUUUUAAUGGAAAGGGAUUGCGAUACGGAAGGUCACGAUUGCCCUUGGUCCAAUAGGUGACCAUGUGAAGUGUCACCCAUGCGCAUUGACAAACAUGUAUGGCUUUUUCCUCUGUGUAGCACUGAGUCUGCUAUGAAUGAUGUCAAAUUGUACUUUACAAAAAGGCUGGGUGGUGAUGGCGUCAGUCCGAACUAUCCCCCCUAAUGUAAUAUGGGGGUUAUACUUACGCAUGUGGACCCCUCACUACCCAAACCUUUAACCACAUCUGUUUGUCACUGUCUGUUCGAUAUUCACGAUGCUAUAAGCCCCGUUUCCACCCCGCAGUUCAGUAUGGUGUAAUUCAGUAUAGCGCGCGAGUAGAUUAGCACUCCUCGGAGGGCCUUUAUGUGAGAAAUUAGCAUGGUCUUUCAGAGUGUUUGAAUGGGUUUUCUCUUGGUGCUCUUGUUUCCCCCAUCAACCCAAAACAUGCUCAGAAAGUUAAUACUCGAGCUAGAUACUACAGACAAAGCUAACCCGGAACACUCUGAACAAUGGGUCAAAUGCAGAAGACACAUUUCAAUAGAGAAUGUUUGAAUGUUUCUAUCUGGGUGUAGAAUUGAUCAAGUUGUUCAACUCUUUGACGGGUUGCAAAAGAAUGUUGAGUUGUCAUCAAGCUAGCAAAAGCAACUAUUGUACAAGCUUAAUCACUUGCUAGCUUUGCUGUAAGAAGCUUGUACCCGUAUAAGCAGCUCUUCAGGUAAAAAUAAGACUGUUGUGUUCUGUCGGGAUCUAAUUUGUCCAAUAAUCAGGAAGUACACUGCUAGUUUCUAACGUUACCAUCACAGUAAUCUUUGCUCUGAUCUCUCAAAGUUGCGAUGUUGUGAUGCGUAAAAUAAUCAAGGAAUAGCUUUGGACCAGUUCAAAUAGUUUAUAGUGAACUAGUUCGGGUUUUGAUGCUUUUAAGACAGUAAAAAUCAGGUAAGGUCGUGUUGUAGGCUACAGUUAAUCCUAAGAGCGAUCCGGUUUUCAAACCCAACCCCGAAGAACCACGAUUAUCGAAAGCUAACGUUCUAAUGUCUAAUGAUUUUCGAUGUUUUGUUGAAACCUAACCUUAAUCCCUCCUUUGUAAUAUGAUUUAUUGCUACCGUUGCCAGUUGACUGUAAAACGGCAGAACUGGACCAAACUUAACGGCUCGGUGGAAACAAGGUUCUCGUAUCUCUCAUCCUUCAAACCCUGUGUAAAUAUAGGCAGAACAGGCGCCCCCACAUGGCCCGGGAACAGGAUGACAACGCCUCAUUAGCUUUGACGUCACUGCUUCAACCUCCCACAAACAGCAAGAGACUGUCCUACAAUGUCUUACACUGGGAAGUUGAAGCUCUACCUCCCCUACCCCGAUCGACCAUCACCAUCACCCUUCGUCGCUUGUUGAUAGCAUGUACCGGUUAGAGAGUCCUGUCGUGAGUUCAUAACCCCCCCCACUUCCCCCUUUAUCCCCCGCACUGUGUCUGUUUAACUCUGCAAGGUCACCCGCUUUUACUUUUUUGGUGUUGAUAAUACUACAGGUGAUGACGAUAAUGAUGAUGUUAAUACGUAUUUGAAUUACUAUGGAUAGUAAGUCGGUGUAUGAAAAAAUCGGUCUGACGGUACGGAGUUGUGCGUGGGGGAGAAUAAUUUUUGUACUUUUAACAUGAAGUCACACACACAUAAAAAAAAAGAUCAAAAAAAUGUCAAAUGAUGUAAAGUUUUCGAAGUGAUGUGCUCUAUUUUGCCAUGACAAGCUUUUUAAAACAUUUGAUCC